AAGGAUUUCUCAUAUUUAAAAGAUUCAAAUUCUACAAAAAGACACAAACCCAUGGCAACUCUGUGGAACACUAUAUCAGGGGACUAUAUGAUCAAGGCACUAAAUUGCAUUUUAAAGACAAUGAUGAAAGAAUCAUGAUGAGAAUCAUCGUAGGCAUCAAUGAUGAGAAAUUAUCUAUAAAGUUAAAGGAACCAAGUGAGUGCUUUGCCUCCAGUACAUGGGUUGGAUGCAAAAGCGUUUUCAUAGAUGGUGACAAUGUUUUCUUGUGUUUCUUAUAUGUUCCUACUAAACCAACUGAUUUAUACAGGAAA